AUGCUCUACUGGACCUCGCGGUCUGCUAGGUGUGCGGCGAGGUUGUAUUCCGUGGAGAUGAGUGCGAGGGUUGUCGAGGGCCCGCGUGUGGGAGACCUUUUUGAAGAUGUAGAAUUUACUGAGCCGGGCCUAUCAAGUGGCAUGGACAGGAGCAAGGGGAGAGAGAUUGAUGACAUACCGCUUUGCGGGCAAUGUGUGCAAGAGGUCUCUCGGGAGAAAACGGACGAUGAUCAUCUGAUUCCGAUGGCUCUUCGCAGGAUCGAUCGAUUUGAUGGAGGCCUAUCGAGGAGACGGUGGGAGGAAGGCAUGGGCCGAACAACUCGUGACGAGCGAUACGACACACGAAGCUCCCCAAAUCAACUAUCAGAGCAUAAUAAUCCGGUCGGCACCUUUCAGUCUCCAGUUGAUUCGAACCGCCAGGAUGGGUUCCGAACUCCCUCGCCGAUAUAUGUCUCCAUGCAUGACCCUCUCGGGGAGCCAGCCUUUCGUCGGAGCGAGACAAAGCCCAUCCCUAGAUGGAUGCAAUAUCUACCCAGUCAGAGGCCAGAUGAAAUGGACUGUACGGAGCGUCCAAGCUCGGUUCUCGACGACUAUUUCUCACCUCCUGACUCCAGCGUCGCAGACUCUGAUAUAGAGUCCGGCACCAAAAUGUCCACUUCACCUCCUCCAGUUCCGGCUCACACGAUUCCUGUAAGAUCAGCAGUACCAUUAGCACCGGAGGAACGGUCCACACAACCUGAAGACUUCGCGUUUCCGAAGCGGAAUGUUAGCCCUUCGAGGUCGAGCACCAUUCUCAACUCUACGAAUUUCCCUUCUACACCUGCGUUCAAAGCCGUCCAGAUGUCACGCCCAUUCACCUUCAUCGACGAGAAACCAGGCCAGCGCCCGUCCUCGAGAUUGCAAACAGAUCGCCUCUCACCUGGCAGGCACGUUCGCUUCAUUAGCCCCCCUAAAACCACUUCUCCACCCACAGUCACAUCAGCUUCCGUUGAGCACGCCAAGUCUCCGUCAGAGUCUUCAGAAUAUCUGGAUCGCCACGUUUCCCAGUCCAGUCAAGACAGGUCGUCGACGUUACUUCCCUCGAGCCUCCAAGAUAGACACAUGUCCGUGACCACCCCAUUCGUAAAACGCUAUGCUGGUGGCGCUGCGAGAUCACCAGCCAAAACCGCGUUGAGAUCUCUUGGAGGCCAGUCUUCUAUUGAUCUCGUCCAUGGAUCUAAGUCUGCUGAUGGACUGCGCAGCGGAAAGACCCAUACAAAACAUUAUGAACAUGCGUCACAGGGCAAUCCCCAUGGUGGAGGAGACGGUGCGGUCGAGUUUGCAGGAGAUAGGCGUCCUGGCCGUGUGAUGACCUUCCAAGACCAACUGAAGAGGGUGUUUGGUUUCUCGUGA